GAUGUCAGCUCUGGACAAAAAUAGAGAGGGAUCGCCUGCAAAUCCCCAGCUCCGGCUGGGCUAAACCUUGCAAUCCCUCUUUGGCCGGCGCCGAGCCAGGGAGCAGCGGCCUCCACCGCCUCCCCCGGCGCGCACACACCAGCACACGCGCACGCACGCACACACUCCCCCGCACUCGCACUCCCGGUCUUUCCCCCAUCCCUGUCGGUGCGGGCCACUCGUGGCACCGGUCUGCCCCGCGGCGAAGCACACACACACACACACGCACACGCACUCACACACACACAGGUGGUGACUGGGACGCGGGGAGGGUGUUUCUGCAGCCCUGCGGCCGGCGCGACCUCGCCUGAGCCGGUGCAGGAUCCCCGCAGCGCCCCUCGGAGCGCUGGUCGCGAGCCGCUCACGGGACCGCGCGCGGUGGAAAGCCAGGACGUGGAUUAGCGCCCGCAGCAGCCUCCCGCGCGCGCCGAGGCGCUAAAGGGCUUACCCAGGAGGGGGGUGCGAGGGCGGAGAGAGGCUGCCCGUUAAAUACCGCUCCCCGCCGCACUCCGGGCUCACCCAGCUCGCCGCCACCGUCUCCAGAUUGUACCCGGGAAGAGGGGGCGUUCCCCACGCCAUGGCAUCAACGGAGGGUGCCAACAAUAUGCCCAAGCAGGUGGAAGUGCGCAUGCACGAUAGCCACCUCAGCUCGGAGGAGCCAAAGCACCGAAGCCUGGGCAUGCGCAUGUGCGACAAGCUGGGGAAGAACCUCCUGCUCUCAUUGACUGUGUUUGGUGUCAUCCUGGGAGCAGUGUGUGGAGGGCUGCUUCGCUUGGCAUCUCCCAUCCAUCCUGAUGUGGUCAUGUUGAUAGCCUUUCCGGGGGACAUACUCAUGAGGAUGCUGAAGAUGCUCAUCCUCCCUCUCAUCAUCUCCAGUUUAAUCACAGGGUUGUCAGGCCUGGAUGCUAAAGCCAGCGGCCGCCUAGGCACAAGAGCCAUGGUGUAUUACAUGUCCACGACCAUCAUUGCCGCCGUGUUGGGGGUUAUCCUGGUGUUGGCCAUCCACCCUGGCAAUCCCAAACUCAAGAAGCAACUGGGGCCAGGAAAGAAGAACGACGAGGUGUCUAGCCUGGAUGCCUUCCUGGAUCUCAUUAGAAAUCUCUUCCCGGAGAACCUGGUGCAAGCCUGUUUCCAACAGAUUCAGACAGUGACAAAGAAAGUUCUGGUGGCACCUCCAUCUGACGAGGCCAAUACAACCAAGGCAGUCAUCUCCAUGUUGAAUGAGACCAUGAACGAGGCCCCUGAAGAAACCAAGAUCGUUAUCAAGAAGGGCCUGGAGUUCAAGGAUGGGAUGAAUGUCUUAGGUCUGAUCGGAUUCUUUAUUGCUUUCGGCAUUGCCAUGGGGAAGAUGGGAGAGCAGGCCAAGCUGAUGGUGGAGUUCUUCAACAUUCUGAACGAGAUUGUAAUGAAGUUAGUGAUCAUGAUCAUGUGGUACUCCCCACUAGGUAUCGCCUGCUUGAUCUGUGGGAAAAUCAUCGCCAUCAAGGACUUAGAAGUGGUUGCUAGGCAGCUGGGGAUGUACAUGAUCACGGUGAUCGUGGGCCUCAUCAUUCACGGGGGCAUCUUUCUCCCCUUGAUUUACUUUGUAGUGACCAGAAAAAACCCAUUCUCCUUUUUCGCUGGCAUUUUCCAAGCCUGGAUCACUGCCCUGGGAACCGCUUCCAGUGCUGGAACUUUGCCUGUCACCUUCCGUUGCUUGGAAGAUAAUCUAGGGAUUGACAAACGUGUGACCAGAUUCGUCCUCCCAGUCGGCGCGACCAUUAACAUGGAUGGUACAGCCCUUUACGAGGCUGUGGCAGCCAUUUUCAUAGCCCAGAUGAAUGGGGUCAUCCUGGAUGGAGGUCAGAUUGUGACUGUCAGCCUCACAGCCACCCUGGCGAGCAUUGGCGCAGCCAGUAUUCCCAGCGCUGGGCUGGUCACCAUGCUCCUCAUUCUCACAGCCGUGGGCCUGCCGACCGAGGAUAUCAGUCUGCUGGUGGCGGUGGACUGGCUGCUGGAUAGAAUGAGAACUUCAGUCAAUGUGGUGGGCGAUUCUUUUGGGGCUGGGAUUGUCUAUCACCUUUCCAAGUCCGAGCUGGACACCAUUGACUCCCAACACCGAAUGCACGAAGACAUCGAGAUGACCAAGACGCAGUCCAUUUACGACGACACGAAGAACCACAGGGAAAGCAACUCUAAUCAGUGUGUCUAUGCCGCACACAACUCUGUCGUAAUAGAUGAGUGCAAGUCUCUUCAUUAUGUGGAAUAUCAGUCGUGGGUUUAAGUUUGCACAUGACCUUGAGGACAGACAGACAGAAGGUAACUCUGGCGGCCAAUGGAAAGUCAGCUGACUGCAGUCUUGAGGAAGAGCCUUGGAAACGUGAAAAAUAAUGACCUGAUUCUCAGCCAAUUCUUGAAUAAACUCCCCAGCGUAUCUUAUGGUAAAAGAUGCUCUAAAACAGGCUUCCUUUACAAAAGGAAAAAAAAUGCGUAUAUUUCUAUGUUUACUUAAUCUGUUAGCCGAGGUGUAGAGGAGCUGUGUACACCCAUGAUGAUAGGCGCCGUGCUGUGUCUUUGCCAAAUAAUGCUUCAUAACCGUCUAAUUUUCUUACUUGUGUUAUUGUCUGAAUGGAUGCUGCUGGAGAAACCACUUUGAAUGGAAGACAUGUUCUUGCCAGCUUCCCAUUGUCUCAGUGCAAAACUGUGGAUGCUGUUUUUCCAAGGGGAGAGGAUGAAGGCAGUGUGGUACCCUCCAGGGACUUGAGACAAGGAGCACACAUGGUGUUGUAUUUCUUAAAGUGUUUGUGGCUCACCUUGUUCUACACAAAAGAUUCUGCUUGAAGCUUUUAGAAGUACCUCCCCUCCAGCCUGUAGAGUUGGCACCUGCAUUGAUUGAAAGCUUCUGGCUUGGGGAACUCUGGCAACUUACCUUUUUGUGCACUGUCUAAGUAAAAUGCUUCAGAGUUUCAGUGGGCAUCCAUACUCUGAAAUGCAGGUGACCACAGAGGCCAUGGCGAUGCCUUUCCAUGUGUAUGUGUGUGUGUGUGUGUGUGUGUGUGUGUGUGUGUGUGUAAAAUGAGAAAUUUCAAAUUUGAAAAUGAUCUAGGAAUUAUUUGCAUAUUAUCACUGUAUACCUUGAGGAAAGUGAAGGAGCAUAGUCAACCUGAAUUUUAGCCAGAAUUAGAUAUUCCAACUCUUUUGUUUGACUUGCACUUGUAGACCAUAGUGAAGUCAAGUGUGUUGAUCUGAUCUAUGUUUUGUGUUCCACCCAUAGAUUCUCAAUUGAGUUCCUAACCAAAAGAUAUUUUCAGUGUCUAAAUCACAUCCAUCAUUUUCAUCUGCCUACAUGGCUGAGCAUUUUAGCUUCCUCACAUUAAGAGACACACGUUGGCUAUGACUCUUUUCCUGUCAUCUUGGUAUAUAUCUAAUAUGUAGAAAGUGUUUUGUUAUAUUAAAGCACAUGAAAACUAUCACAAAACAUAAAACCUCUUUGGUGAGAAAGGUACAGAAAGCAAACAUCUAUAUAAAACCCUAUAAAGGUUCCUAUGAUAGAGUCCAUCCAAUGGGGACCAAGAUUGGCUCUACACAACUUUCCAGAUAGCAUCAUUUCCAGAGACUGUGAAAGUCUGAAGGAAGAAAUAAUAUAAUUGACACAGCACAAUGGUUUGCCUGUGGUAGGCGGCCAGUGAAUCCUUAAUGAUGGGUUGUGCAAGCUAAAAUUGUGAAUGCCUCUAUUAUUAUCUUCUGUUGAAGAAUAUACAGUAUUUUCCUAAGAUCCUGGGUUUAACGGUUAGCUGGGAACUCAACCCACUGAUAAACAAUACAAAUUCAACUUGAAGGAGGGAUGGAACCCAAACCAUCAGUCAGGGCAUGUGUGUCCUCUGAGGCAAGUAUAGCUGAGGAGACGUUCAUAAGCAGUAAUAGGGCCCAAUGGCUUUGAAGCAGGGCACUGGGCCAUGGCUUCUCCUUUUAGCCUCUCUUGCGACUUCUCUCCUUCAAAUCAGACAGCUUGGACACAUACAAAAGGCAAGAGAUUCCUGUUGCUUUAUCUCAUAAACCCUAACUAUUUUUAAACAAGGAUCACUAUUGAGCAGUAUUAAAUGAAUUAGUUUGUUCUGUUUCAGGUUUUGACUUUUGAAACAAGGUCUUGCUAUGUAUCCCAGACUAGCUUCAAACUCUUCAAACCUACUGCUCAGCCUCAGUUCUAAGAUCACAGGUGGGCACUGCUACAUCUGCUGGCAGAACUCUAUAUUCUUCUGAGGGACAAUGAACAGGGUAGCAGUGACCAGCAAUGAAUCCCUGAAAGAAGACAAGAAGGGCCGAAGGGAUUCCAUUUAGCUGUGGAACUAUUCUAGAUAGUCUGUAAGUGGUACCGCAGGGCUUGUCUAUGCUGAGUAGGUGUAUCUAGGCAAGGCAUCUAGGAGCAUGCUGGGUUUUGUUGUGUUGGGAGAUGGGGGAAGGCCAUUCCAUACAACAAGUCUCCCCGUACAAGAAGAUGCAAAAUUCCUUGGGUACUAGAACAUUAACCUUUUCUCAAAAGCACUCACAGGAUGACCGUGUUUGUCAUCUCACAUUCUGCCUGAAAAUCUUUCUAGUUUGUCUUGUCUUCAGCUCUCUUUUAGCAGUCCUGUUAGCCUAUGAAAAGAAGACAGAGCUUUCAGGAGAACAAAGGCACACUACUUCACAAGUCAGGUCUUGCUGACUACAUACAUUGUCUCGAGAGAAUAUGCUAAGAAAGUCACAUUUAUCUGAAAGUUUAAUAAAUUUUAUUAAAAAUAAAUAAUUUAUCCAAUUGGAGACUUCCCUAAAAAUCUAGGAUGUGGUGGAAUUGGCAUAGUACUGUGUCUUGCUUUUGUAAGACCUUGUUAAGCCUUCCCAUGCCCAUUGGGGAAUUCCCUUGCCUAGAAAAAGUA